GCUGGGUGACGUCAUUUCCAGUGCCCUUUCUUCCCUCCUCUUCCUGGUGGGAAUCUGACUUUUGAAAUUUCCUCCUCCUUCCUUCUUUGUCAAAGCAUUGUGGAACUGCAGCAGGUGCUGCCCAGGCAAAUUGGUGGUGCACUGCUUAGCUUAUAGGGAGAGGAGGAAGAGCCUCCCUCGCUGGCUUGGCUUGAGAAUUUCUGGUCGUCACUUAGAAAUAAACCUCUUCUACUGAUUUUGCAGACCCCCUUGAGGGUCUUGGGCAGCCUCCAUUUUUGACAAGAGACGGGAGAGAAAACGAGAGGAGGAGGAGGAGGAAGGGGCAGUCCAGUUCUCAAAAUGGACAUGCGGAACAUGACAGGCUCCAAAGCAUGGGAAGAAAUGGAAGGUGUAGCAAAAGCUCCACAUCACAGGGGCACAGGGCAGUUCCUUAUUGGGACACCUUCCCAUUAUAUAAAACGUGAGCCGGAAGAAGGGGCGCUGGAACGCUGGGAAGCCCAGUUGCAGGAGUUUCUGAAGAUGCUGCAGGCCCCCAACUCAGGUUGCAGGAACCUACAGAUAUCUGAGGAGCCCUCACCAUGGGAGGAUGCUAAGACCUUCCUGGCCUCCUUUGAGCAAGUAGCCUCAGCCUGCCGGUGGCCUCGGGACAAGUGGGUGACCCUCCUGCUGCCAUCUCUCAGCGGAGAGCCUGAGCAGGCCUUCAGCGGCCUCAGUGCCCAGGACAAGGGAGACUACAGGAAGGUGAAGGCGGCCAUCUUGGAAGGGGAGGCCAUUGCGAGGGAGAAGCAGCGGCAGCACUUCAGGCAACUCCGCUAUCGGGAGGCAGAGGGUCCGAGAGGCGUUUACGGUCGGCUCCGAGAGCUUUGUGGCCAGUGGCUGAAAAUAGAGAGGCGCACGAAGGAUGAGAUUCUGGAGCUGCUGAUCUUGGAGCAGCUCCUGAGCAUCCUGCCGGGAGACAUGCAGAGCUGGGUCAGGGAGCGAAAGCCAGAGACGUGCACCCAGGCGGUGGCCCUGGCGGAGGGAUUCCUCUUGGGGCGGGACGAGAUGGAGGAUCCAGAACAGAAGGUACCUGUGCCUUUUGCGGUGAUGGCUACAGAUCCUUCCGAGACAGGCCAGCCUCUGCCACGGGACACCUGGGCUGGGCAGGUCUUCAGAGAAGCCGCGGAUGAGCAGAGUGAAGUGACAAGAUUGCCGACCCACUCCAUGCCAAAGCCUCCCACCCCUAAGCUGCUCCUCACCAAACCUCCACAAAGGAGCCAACUCCUAGGGGAUGAGAUCCCUUCGGUCCCUCAAUAA